AUUUAGUUUUUAGACAUUUGACAAAAAAGAUGGCAGCGAUUGCCGUCUGCUGUCCUACGGAUUUAUUGCGAAAAUGGCGCAUUAUGUGAUAUUUUCACAAUUUUUAUCAAUUAUAAGUGAAAAUUUGUGUAGUGCUGCUAUGUGAUGUUGUGUUAAUUUACAUGAAUGACAGUGUUACUCGUGUGAUAAUAAGACUUCGACAUUCUUUGGGAUAUUGGAUUACACAUAAAAUAAAGGCAAAAUGGUGGUGGGCGAGAGUAAGCGUACUGCAAAUAUCAUGGACGGGAUCGAAAACACGGGGGACGUCCGCCUCCACGACCACCGGCUUCGGCUCAAACAAAGAUUUGAUAUAGUCAGAAAACUAGGUCAAGGUACAUACGGAAAGGUUCAGCUCGGCAUCAAUAAGAAAACUGGACAGGAGGUUGCUAUCAAGACGAUUAAAAAAUGUAAAAUUGAAACUGAGGCAGAUCUUAUUCGCAUCAGAAGAGAGGUUCAGAUCAUGUCUUCCGUCAGACAUCCUAAUAUUGUACAUAUUUAUGAAGUAUUUGAAAACAGCGAGAAGAUGAUUCUUGUGAUGGAGUACUGUUCUGGCGGUGAACUGUACGACUACCUCAGCCAGAAAAAAGUAUUAGAAGAAGACGAAGCCAGAAGGUUAUUCCGGCAGAUUGCAACCGCUGUUUAUUAUUGCCAUAUACAUAAAAUAUGCCAUAGAGAUUUAAAAUUAGAAAAUGUGUUACUCGACGACACUGGGAGCGCUAAGAUCGCUGAUUUCGGUCUCUCGAACGUUUUCAAGGAAACAUCUCUAUUGUCGACGUUUUGUGGAUCACCGUUAUAUGCUUCUCCAGAAAUAGUAAAAGGAACGCCGUACAUAGGACCUGAGGUGGAUUGUUGGUCAUUAGGAGUUUUACUGUACACCCUAGUAUACGGAGCGAUGCCGUUUGAUGGUUCGAACUUCAAGCGUCUGGUCAGACAGAUCAGCAAUGGCGAUUAUUAUGAACCUAAAAACCCAUCAACGGCGUCACCCUUGAUUCGGGAUAUGCUGACCGUGGAUCCGUUGAAGCGGGCGGAUAUCGCCUACAUCUGUGAUCAUCCCUGGGUGAACACGGGCUGCGAGACGUCGUGCCUGGAGAUGUCGGAGGCGCUGGCGGCCGAGACCCCCGUGCGCCUCGACCUGCUGCUGUCGCUGGCGCCCAACGCGCCCUCCAGCUCCAGCGUCGUCGUGCCGUCCGAGGCCACCGACCUCGGCCCCCAGGAGAGCCGCACGGAUCUCACGAGCUCCACCUCGAUGGCCGUCGAGCCGAGCAACUCCGCCGAGAAGAGGAUCCUGGAGCUCGUAGCCGAGGGCGGCGAGGACGCCAUCAAGCCGUCGCCCACGCGCACGCUGGUGGCGGCGGCCGACGGCAAGCGCCGCCUCGACGCGCCGCGCGCCAGCUGUGCGAGUAUGGCUCCCCUGUCUCCCGCGCUGCCCGAGGAGGAGGCUAAGUUCGAUUCUCCGCCGCCGGAACGAAUGUCCGAGGAUUCGAUCCAGUUCACUCAGCCUUCGUUGAAAUCGUCCGCCACCAUGACGAUAUCCCCGGCGCCGACGCCGUCACCCGCGCCCAGAGUGGAACAGAACGAAGUCGUAGAGAACACUAUGAAAGAGGAAGAGCCCAAAGCUAAAACUAAAGUCGUAAUCAAGAAGAACGUGUCGCCGCCAAAGGCCGACGAAAACGCGGAUAAAUUGGAGGAGCCUCAGGACGAAAUCAAAACAAGUAGUGUGUCGUUGCCGACGGACAAACUGCCGUCUCCGUCGCUCGCUCAGCCGGCGCCGGCGUCUGCGCCCGCUAAACCUAAGAAGCUGUCCAUACCAGGCGGUCACGUCGGAAGCUUCAAGGAGCAAUUCGAGAGACGCGCAUCCCUCACCGCCGCUCCGGAAGUGAAGCGAAAUAUCACCAAACCGGUCGUGUCGAAGAUCGCGAAGCCGAAGGCUCAAAGCGAGGACCGCGAACUGUCGAGCAAGGCGGCCGACAACGGCACCGUGAGGCUGCAGCAGAUCGGCAUCCAGCCGUCGCCGGCGCCGCGCGGCGUGCAGAAGGCCGACAGCGAGCCCGCGCCCGGCGCCGCGCCCGACCCCGCCGCGCUGCUGCACGACGCGCGCCGGAGCUUGCAGAAUUCGAUGGCCAAGCUGGCGGAGGAGCGCGCCGGGGAGGACAGUCGCCGUCGCGCCGCCCGGGACAUCAUCUCCUCUGCCAUUCGCACGGGCAAGCCACCGGUGCCCUACGGGCGCUCGUCGUCGGCGGGGGUUGCGGGCCUUCUGGCCCCCGCCGGGCCCCCUCCCGCCGCGCCUCCACCCGCGCCUCGCGUGUUCCGCACCGAGGCGCUGCACCGCGUCGAGGACCAUCGCAACAGAGGUGUAUCGGUGGAGCGCAUCAUCCCAAUCACAAUGUCGGGCGAGGAGCCGUCGCCGGCCACGCCGACGUCCACCGGCACGCCCACGUCGCCCGCCACGCCCGUCGCGUCGCCGCCCGCCUCGCUGCCGUCUCCCGUGUCGCCCGCGGGCCCGCGCGUCACCCAGACGCCGCUAAGGCGGCUGGCGUCGGUGGAGUCGGCGGGCGAGGCGGCGUCGCCGUCGUCGGGCGAGCCCAUCAAGAAGUCGGCGCGCGAGUUCAUCAUCCCCAUCGCGGUGGAGGGCAAGGGCUACGUCACGCCGCGCCAGCGCAGCCUGGAGCCCGAGCGCCUCGCGCGCCCCGCCGUCGCGCGCCCGCGCCGCAUCAGCAGUCUGGUCAGCGGUGGGGAAUCGGAAGAGGAAGAUGAUACACAUAUGCACCGAUUGAGAUCUACUCGAGCUGCUCGUGCGGAGUCUGUGAGUUCCGGAGAAGAAGACGAGGAGGACGAGGGCUUCCACCUUCUCACCGCAGAGAAUCUUUUCUCCACUCUAUUACACAGAGUGCGAGCGCUAACUCAGCGACUCAACGGCGAGGAGGGCCCCGGCUUCCAGCACCCGCACUCGCUCUUCUACAACCUGCAGUCGCCCUUCUUCAACAGCCCCCACUUACCGCGGAGAAACCUCUUCACCCAUAGAUAUACGGAAAAUAAAAGAAGCGUUUCAGAAACGCGCGAGGGCUGGGGCUCGCGCGAGCUGCACGCGCCCUUCGACUCCAUGUUCGGCAAGGCGCGGCCCGCCACGCCCAGAGGUAGUAGUAAGAAAACCGGCAAGCACCAAACGAGAGCCUCGCCAAACUCGGAGACGGACGCCCCCGACGCACUGGAUCUGUCGGACCUGGACUUGAGCGCGAUAGAGUUCUCGGAGCGGGAGAUGCAGGCGCUGUCGGGCCUCACGCCGGCGCUGUCGCGGCGCCUGCAGCGCCACCUGCUGGCGCACCUGCCGCCGCGCGCCGCCGCGCGCCUGCGCCGCACGCUGUCGCUGCACGCCGCGCCCGCGCCCGCGCCCGCGCCGCCCGCGCGCGCGCGCUGCGACCGCUCGCUGUCGGCCGGCGGCGACCCGCGCCCGGGCCCCGCCGCCGAGGAGCCCGCCGAGGAGCCCGCCGAUGAGCCCGCCGCCUCGUCCGCGUCGCAAUUCUGUACCCUGCCUCGAGUCCGCCGGCGUGAGGCCCCGUCGAGGGAACCCGAGUCGCCGCCCCCCGUUUCGGAGUUCGGACAGGAGAGUCCGUCGAGAGUGGACUCGUCGACUAGAGAUUCCGAUAGCUCUAAGGGCGAGAGCGCACGGUAUACUCAGGAGCGGCCUUUGCUGAGUAAAUAUUUGGCGCCUGAGAAACAUUUAUCUUUGGACGAGACGACGUACUCAUCGGACGGUGGUAGUAUAUUGUCGGAACCUAGCUAUAUUGCAGCUUAUGGAUCGCCCGCCAUGAUUAAUACUCCGGGAUCGAAUUUCAGACGUCAUUCUUUAAGGUUGAGUGGAGACGCGUCGAAAAAACGGAUUUCUAGAUUCCUUCGUUCAGAUUUCUUCGAUACACCAUCUGACGAGAGUUCAUAUGCUAAGCACAAGAAAGAAAAGGAAUUAGAAACUCAAAAAAUAUUAAAAGAAAUAAGAGAUAAGAAAAAUAAAUCGUUAGAAAUUGUCACUAAAAACCCUAUUGAAAUGAAUGAUUCUCAGCCUGCUUCAAAAGAUGAAUGUUCUACGAAAAAAUGUCUAUCUCCAAUGACUAAUUUAAUAUUAAAAGACCGCAGUAGAUCUAAUACGCCAUUUUUCCCUAUUCUAGAUAAUAUAAAGGAAACUAAUUUAGACUCUUCAGUUUUGAUGCAACAAACUAAGGAUCUUAAAGAAUGCAAUGACACGAAAAAUAAGGUACCUAACUUAGAUUCAAAAUUAAGCAGGCCUAAAAGUUAUCCAAUAAAAAAUAUCGAAAAAUAUGACGAUACGAAUAAGAACUUAGUAACAGAUAGUUGUAGAAGUGACGAUAAUGAAAUAGAAGAUAGAAAAAUUAGCAGGGAAUCGAAACUAAUGCGACCAAAGAGCUAUCCUACAAGUAGUCCUUCUCCAGAAAAAGUUUAUUUGAACCGUAACAAUAAAAAAGAGGAUAUAAAAACUUCCAAAGAAGUGACAAAUGUUUCAGAUGAAAAAACCGACGUAGAAGUAAGCUUUAGCAUAACUUUACCAAAAAAACCAAAAUCAUUAGUAUCGAAAUCAGACUCACAGACGAAAUUGGAAUCAAUGGAUUCAAAAUCAGAAAAUAAAAUAGUAAACGAUUCUUUAACAUUAAAGAAAUAUAAGGUUACAAAUUUAAAAGACAAAAAUGAAAAGGCGGAGAUUUCUGAAGUCAAGAUCGAUAACAUUGAUGAGCUAAAAAAGGUCAAAAAUGGUACUGUGAAAGAAGAUGUAAAGUCAGCAUCGCCAGAAAAUCAAGUGAAUGAGAAAAAAGGAGUGAUUAAGAAGAAAAUUAUUAAAAAAGUUUCAUCAAAAUCAAAGACUGAUUUGAGCAUUUCAGACGCCAACGAAACAAAAAAUUCUGGAGAUAAAAAGAAAGUCAUUAAAAAAGUUAAGGAAAAAGAUAAAAGUGCAGAUGAUACUACUAAAACAACGACUGUUCCCAAAAAGAAAUCAGUAUUGCAAUCGAUAGGACAUAAGUUGGAAAAAUUUACAUCAUCCAAAUCAAACUCACCAGAAAAAGUUUCUUACAAUAGUAUUCCAAUAAACGACAAAAAUAACGAUUCUUCUAAACAAAAUCGAAAUCAACGAGAACACUCGGUACCAGCAAAUAUCGAAUCGAUUUCAGAAUCUAAUUUAAUUAAAAGGGCUGUAACGAUAACUGAUGUUGCUGCUCUAGAAAAUAGCAAUCAAAAUAAAACAACUGUAUCCAAAGUAUUAGGUUUAUUCAGGAAAUUUGAACCAAAAGACAAGAACUCUAAAUCGGUCAUAGAAAAAAAUAGCAAAGAAAAUAUAAACGUAAACAAUGAGUGUAUAGCUAAAAAUGAUAAUGUAGCGAAUUCCAUUGAUCCAGAAGAAAAACCCAAACGGCCAAAUUCAUUAUUAUUAAACGGUUUAGGACGUAAAAGUAGAUUUAACAGGUCAUCGAGUGAAGAUGAUAAUAUAACAAAAGUAGAAAAUAAUGAACGCCAAGUACUUAAAAAAGAAAAUGAUUCCAAAAAUACUUUAAAAUUAGAUUUCUCUAGGUUGCCAAGAGUAAAAAAAAUAGUUCCUACAAAUGCUGUGAUAGAACCACAAGUUAUAAAUUAUUCUGAUGUUGAAAAACACGUGGACAAAAAUGACGUCUUAGACAAAAAUAAAGCACUUUUAGAUAGUGACCUCAAAGAUUAUUGCGAUACUUUGAAGCGAAGUCGAUCUCGAAGUAGAUCAACAUAUUCGAAUUCCGAUAUUAAGUCUGAAACGAGUAUAGAUGUCAAAAAUAAACAUCAUGUAAAUGACAGCACCCAUCACAUAUGCAUUCGAAAUCAUGAAUCGAUAAGUCCAGAGAAGGAGGAUAUAGUUGAUAGAAUAAGAAGAAAAAGUUUUUACUCGAGAUUUAACGAAAAGAAACAAAGAAGGAAGAGUAGUUUAGUUGGUCCCGGAGCUACGGAAUACGACCCACUGGCGAGAAUACAUUCUCAUGCAACAGACUCAAAGUAUGACGCGUCACCGACUUCUCCAGGAAAUUAUGACCUCUCACCAGGCUUAUCGGUCGGUUCAGAUAUAUCACCGUCAACAGAACGCUACCGAUCUUUACUAAGCGAUUUGCCUAUCAAUACAAGAAGUAGCUACAGGUACGAUGGAAUUAAUGACAAAGUUGAUUUGUAUAGAUCACUUGACAGAAAAUAUUCGGGGGCUAGAUCUUAUCUGGAUUAUGAUCAACCGUCAUCGUACAAUUCUCAUAGAUAUUCGAGAACGAAAUCAUUAUUCGAAAGCACUGAUCCAACAGAAGAUCAAACUUACGGUCUUCCUAGAGAUUCCCUUAAGUACAGCCGAACUAAUUCAUUAUUUUCACCCGGUAGUUAUGCCACAUAUAGACCUAAACGAACGAGAAACUCUGCCAUAAUACUAAAAGAAAGCGAAAAAGAACCUAGUCCUGAAAACAUACUCGAUAAAAUAAGACAAAAAAAGAUUUCGAUCAGUGUUACAAGAAAGCCUGACCCUGAAAAGGAAUCAGUACCGAGAUCCAAUGUCACAUCUAAAAGCGAAGGCGACAGUUCAGAACGCGCUGCGAAAAUUGACUGAGAGGCGCUAUUGAUGAAAAUAUCCACUACGAAAUUUUAUUUGUAACGCAUUUCUGACAAUAGCAUAUUUAUUUACAGAUAACAGACGUGAAAACGAACGUUUUCCAAAUACUAAACUGAUUACGACUAAAAUAUUUCGGUUUAUCUGUAACUACAUAAUAUUGACUGCAUACUUUUCUUGCCAAUAUCAUAGCAUAUCCAAAUUUUAUGUCGUUAAGUACGACAGAAUCUCGAAAGUCUCGUGAAAAGUUAUCGAAAAUGGAUUCUACAUCAUUUCUACAACUAAUAUAUUUAGUUCAAUAUUUCUUCGACAAGAUUUCUUCGAUAAGAUCUUUCAUAAGAAUAUACAAUUUUAACGAUAUUUUGCGAAUAUUAAUUUUUUAGAAACUUUAUUGUGAAUUGAUCUUAUGUGCCUUUAUAACAUAAGCAACUGGAUUUGAUAGUAAAGUUUGGUGAAAAAUGACACAAGUUUUAGUGUUUUUGCACAAAUGUUUUACUCAGUAUGUUUAAUUUUAAUUAUUUUAGAUAUUAUUGAUUGUUGAUAACGUAAGUCAGCUCAUAAGUUUAAAUGUUUAAAAUAACCGAAUAGUAUUGACUGCUUAGACACGUCGCAACAGUAAUCGAAUAGAAUGGUGCUUAGUUGAAGGUUUUCUUAGGAGUAAUUAGUAUUUAUAGUAAAAGUUACAACCACUUACAUUGUGUAGGUAUAUACAUAUAAUGUUUUCGAAUAUAAAGAAUCUAUUUUGUUAAAUCAAACGGAAAUAUUUAAAAAGAAAUAGUUACUGUUUUUCAUUUGUUGCCAUUUUCACAUUUAUAUGUCAGUGAAAAACUAGUCUCUGUAAGGCGUUUGCGCUGUUUGUAAAGCGACAUUUUGAUGUGACUCAAUUUAUUACUAUUUGUCAUUAUUUAUUUAUUAUAUCAUUUCAUUAGAAUUUUAAUGAUUAUUUAUUAGUGUGUGGUGAUUAUUAAUAUUUUAUUAAUAGGCAAUACGGACUCUUUCGAAUAUUAUAAUUGCUAUCACACACGUUUUGUAUUGAAUGUGAAUAAAUUAUAUAGUUGAAAAA